UAUGUGAUUUAACAGCUAUUUUCAACACCCAAAAACAAGUCAGGAUGUUCUGUUCUUCUUCUUUAAAUGUGUCUGCAAUUUAUUUGCACAUUGAAAACAACACCACCGAACACUCUGAUCCACACUCUCUCCCCUCCCUUUUACUCAAUCACUGCCCCCCUUCAGUGUUAAUUGGUUUUUCUUUCUGUCUCUGGUGUUUCAUUGCAUCUUUGACCUUCUCUUUCCUUAAUAAAACAUCCCACCUCACAAAAUUUUAACACUUUGUUGUACUUUGAUGCUACUUCCCAAGCCAAAAAAAGGUUGAAGAUUCUCACUUUUAGCUACCUUUGUUUUCCGGUUUGUUUCUUUUUAACUUGUUGCUAAGCAUUAUCUUCUCACUUCUCAGCUCCUUGGUGUGGAAAAUGCAGAGUCUUUUUCCUGAUAUUUUCUGGUGCAUUUGAGCUUGUUUCACUUGAUUUGGUUUCCAUUUAUCUCAGUGGACAUGGGUUUUGAAGUUCAUUAGCUGCUUAGAUUAGUUUAAAGGAAGCAUCUUUCACUUCCUCUUUGAAUGUGCUUUUGUAAGUAUACCAUUGCUUGAUAAAAAUUAUUGGAAUUCUCUCCUACUGUUAAUUCAGGAUGCAAACUUUGGAUGCUAUAUUCAUGUAUAUUCAUCUACCUAAUUCAAGCGUUGCAAUUUGCUGUAGAAGUUCUUUAUAGUUGAGCUUGAGUUCUUGUUGGUCCCAUUCUGAUAUAUUCAGUGAGAUUUGUGGGGGUUGGGGACUUUCAUUGAAGGCAUGCAGCGAUUCAAUUUAGUAUUUUUAUUGUUUUCGGUAGUAACUGCAUUAGGACAAUCUGAUUUUGAAGCUCUUUUAGAGCUCAAGAAAGGCAUUGAGGAAGACCCUUCCGGGAAAGUCCUUGCUUCAUGGGACUCGAAGUCCUUGGCAUCAGAUGGGUGUCCCAAAAAUUGGUUUGGAGUCAUCUGUACCGGCGGUCAUGUGACUUCAAUCACUCUAAAUGACUUGGGUUUGGUUGGAAACUUCAGUUUCCCUGUCAUUGUUGGUCUAAAAAUGCUUCAGAAUUUAUCUAUUUCAAGUAACCAGUGGACAGGGACCAUCUCAAACAUUGGCUCCGUUCUGUCUCUUGAGUUUUUGGACCUCUCAAGCAAUGCCUUUCAUGGGGCUAUACCAUCAGGCAUUAUCAAUUUAAAAAAUUUAGUACUUCUGAAUCUUUCUUCAAAUCAUUUUGAAGGCACAUUUCCCUCUGGUUUUAGCAAUCUUAAGAGGUUGAAAUAUUUAGAUUUGCGGUCUAAUGGCUUUUCCGGGGAUAUUAUGAAUCUUCUGUCCCAAUUGGAAAGUGUGGCGCAUGUGGACCUGAGCAGUAAUCAGUUAUCUGGUUCACUGGACUUGGGACUUGGAAGCUCCAGUUUUGUUUCUUCUAUUCAGUAUUUAAAUAUAAGUCACAAUUUGUUGGUCGGAGAGCUCUUUGCCCAUGAUGGAAUGCCAUAUUUUGACAGUUUAGAAGUUUUUGAUGCUGGCAAUAAUCACUUAGUGGGAACUAUACCUUCCUUCAAUUUUAUUGUCUCUUUGAGGAUUCUUCGGCUUGGAAACAACCAGUUGUCAGGAUCACUACCAGAAGCUCUUUUGCAAGAAAGCUCAAUGAUCUUGUCAGAGCUGGAUCUUAGCCUUAACCAACUUGAAGGACCAGUGGGAAGUAUAACCUCAGCAACUCUAAAGAAGCUCAACAUUUCGUCAAACAAACUCUCAGGCCCCCUGCCGGUUAAGAUUGGGCACUGUGCCAUUCUAGACCUCAGUAGUAACAUGCUUUCAGGAGACUUGUCUAGAAUCCAGGGUUGGGGAAAUUAUGUGGAAAUCAUUGAAUUGAGUUCAAACUCACUGACUGGGACCUUGCCAAACCAAACUUCUCAAUUUUUAAGGCUGACUACAUUCAAAGUAUCAGACAACUCAUUAAAGGGUGUUCUUCCAGCAAUAUUAGGUACAUACCCAGAAUUAAAAGUGAUUGAUCUGAGCCUCAACCAUCUUACCGGGGCCCUCCUUCCAAGCUUCUUCACGUCAACAAAAUUGACUUAUCUCAACCUCUCAGGCAAUAACUUUACGGGGUCAAUACCUCUUCAGAAAAUACAAAAUAUACCUUCCGUAAGUUCUGCUGAAAAUUUGAGCCUGGUGACUCUUGAUCUGUCAUUUAACUCACUAAGUGGCCACUUGCCCCAGGAGAUUGCCAAGUUCCAUAACUUGGAUUUUCUUAGCCUAUCCAAUAACAAAUUUGAAGGCAGCAUUCCUGAUAGCCUUCCUGAUGAACUGAAAGGAUUCAAUGUGUCUUUUAAUAAUUUCUCUGGUGCUAUACCUGACAACUUGAGGGGGUUUCCUGAUUCUGCAUUCCAUCCAGGAAACUCUUUCUUGAGGUUUGGUUCUUUUCCAUUGACACCAAAAGGUUCUUCCAACCUAAAUUUGAAUGAGCGUAGGUCUCAGAUGAAACCUGUUACCAGAAUUGCCUUAAUUGUAGGCUUGGUUGGUGGUGCUGCCAUAAUAGCUCUUGUGUGUUUAAUGAUAUAUUAUAGGACCAACUGGCAGGAAACUAGGAGUGACCAUUUGAAAAGAAAUGUGGGAAAAGAAACUGUGCAAGGGGAGUUUUCCCUUUCUCAUACAUCAGCACCUUACAAAGGUAAGGAUUCGUCAUCAUCCUCAUUUAGUUUUCGUCAAGAGCUUUUGUCGUCAUCCAAAAAGGAUUCUGUAUAUGAUCAUGGUAACCGUUCAUCAGUUUUAAAUGACCUUAAAUAUUUUGGUCACCCUGAGUCCAUGGGAAGAGAUGAAGAAUUGGCUUCACCCAUGUCUCUCUUGUCAUCUUCAAAUGCAUCUCCAUCAAAAAGCCAAUUUCAAUUUGAGAGUCCUGGUGCAUUAAAGGUUCGUUCUCCUGAUAAACUAGCUGGGGAUCUGCAUCUCUUUGAUGGCUCUCUAGCACUUACUGCAGAAGAACUUUCACGUGCUCCAGCUGAAGUUAUUGGAAGGAGUUGCCAUGGGACAUUAUACAAAGCUACACUUGACUCUGGUAAUAUAUUGGCUGUCAAAUGGUUAAAGGAAGGGAUAGCAAAAAGCAAAAAGGAAUUUGCAAGGGAAGUCAAGAAACUGGGGUACAUCAAGCACCCAAAUUUAGUUUCUCUUCAGGGUUAUUAUUGGGGUCCUAAGGAGCAUGAGAAGCUGAUCAUAUCAAAUUACAUAAAUGCACAAUGUUUGGCCUUCUAUCUUCAAGAGACAGAGCCAAGAAAAUUGCCACCCUUGUCUCUGGAUGAACGGCUUAGGGUUGCUAUAGAUGUGGCCCGAUGUCUGAACUACCUUCAUAAUGAGAGAGCAAUACCCCAUGGCAACCUCAAGUCGACAAACAUUUUAUUAGAAUCUCCUAAUAUGACAGCACGCCUCGCUGAUUACAGUCUCCAUCGGGUACUGACAUCAGCUGGCACAGCUGAACAAGUUCUGAAUGCAGGUGCUCUUGGCUAUCGGCCUCCUGAGUUUGCCAGCUCCAGUAAACCAUGUCCUUCUUUAAAAAAAGUGGAUGUCUAUGCCUUCGGGGUCAUAUUGAUGGAGCUCCUGACUGGUAAAAGUUCGGGGGAGAUAGUUUCGGGGAGCACAGGUGUGGUUGAUCUAACUGACUGGGUGAGGUAUUUAGCAGCAGAAAACUGUGCUGAAGAGUGCUUUGAUCCGAUGAUUAUGGAAAGGGAUAAUGUGGAGCGCACACAUAGAACUCUGGAUGCCAUGCUACAGGUGGCUCUGAGAUGCAUUCUGCCAGCACAAGAGAGACCCGACAUGAAAUCAGUUUAUGAAGAUCUCUCAGGAAUAGUGUUGUAGUAAGGUAAACAAAAGGGGUUCUAACUGUGUAGUUCUUUUAACACUAACCCCCAUUUAUUGGUUCUUUACUUUCAUAAGUUGGACUUCCAUGUCACAAAUUGUCUUCUCCUGCUGUUAAGUUCUAACACUGGUACAAAAUUGGUAAUGUAAGUAUCAAUUGGAUAGGGUUUGUAUGAAGGUAAGGGAAGGAAUAAAGUUCAUUUGUAGAUGGGUGGGUUAUACCAUUCCUUUUUAACCCUUAUCUAGAAAUGUAAUCUUAGGUUCAGUUUGAUUGACUCAUCUUAUGGCCUUUACAUUUCCAUCUCUA